CCCCCCCCCCCAAUUCCUCCAUUUCCGCCGCAGUCCAUGGCUGAGUACCAACGCCCGCAGGACCAGCCCCACCACCAGUUCCGCCUCAGAGGCGCCUUCAAAGGCGAGCAGGGUCCGUCCAAGUCCCAAGUCGUGGCCGUCGCCACCCUCCUCCCCGUCGGAGGCCUGCUCCUCCUCCUCGCCGGGAUCACGCUCACCGGCACCCUCAUAGGCCUCGCAGUCACCACGCCGCUCUUCGUCAUCUGCAGCCCGGUUCUCGUCCCCGCAGCCCUCACCAUCUCGCUGGCAGUCGCCGGAUUCUUGACUUCCGGCGCGUUCGGGAUCACGGCGUUGUCGUCGUUCUCCUGGAUCCUCAACAACCUCCGGCGAACUAGCGUGCCGGAGCAUCUGGAGCAGGCGAAGCGGCGGGCCCAGGAGGGCGCGGGCCAUGUUGGCCAGAAGGCUAGGGAGAUGGGCCAGAAGACCCAGGAAACCACUAGGACGUAAGUAAGCCCAUGGCUUGGCCCUCAUGGGCCGGGCCCAUUAGAGUUGUGUUUAUCUUAUGCGGGUACGGGGUGUGCUUGAGUUUCCGUCACGUUCGAUUUGAUGUGUACACGUGGCGGUGUAAUAAGGUAGGUAGGUGGUGUGCGAUGUAGGGGUAAUUAUGUAAUUUCCAUUUUGGUGUUCUUUAUAAUUAAAUGCUGAAGCUUUG